AUGCCCGGUCUUUUCGCCCGCUUGAGGGGCCGAGAUGGCCACAGAUCGAAAAAGAAGUCCGCCAACGAUGACGCCGUCGACUCGUUGCCACGACAGUCAAAAUGGAGCGAGGCCUACACGCGUACCACGGUCGAGCCAGAGGAAGUGCACGAGCUGCUGCACUGCUGCACCGAGGAGCUGAAGGCUCGAGGCCUUGAUCUUCCCUUUCUCCUGCUGCCAUUUCGACCGACAUCCGACCCGAGCGCCGUGCGCUCCUUCAUCCGCCAUUUCUUCGAACGUGGCUACACCCUCGAGGGUGAUGCGCUGUUGCAAGAAGUCCGCAUGGCGGAACCCAUGGUCAUCGCAGAUGUUGCAAAAUGGUGCUGGGGUCGCCUCCAGGGCGGUGUUGUUGGUUGGGACGCCUACGAGUUGUUCAAAGUUGGUGAACUUGACUCCAACAGGGCCCGAGAUUCCUUCAGAACCUUCAUCCCGAUCAGCGUGGAGAAUGUCGCGAGGCAGCGUAUCUUAUUCGAUUUCUUCGAUCUAAUUGCAGCCGUGGCCGCCCACGGAAAAUCCAACGGCUUCGGCGGCCUUCAGCUUUCGAGGAUGGCUGGCUGGUGGGCUUUUGAGCAAAAGGACACGGGCAGCGGCUUCGACGGCGGCUAUAAAGCAUGGUUGAUGGCUGCCGAUGCAACCAGUCACCUGUUCUUCGCCUACCUCCGCUCGCUCUCCCCGGAGCAUAGUCCCACCGGAAUCUCUCUACUGCCUAGAUCUCUUGAGAAGCUCCUCAAGGAGACCAAGUACCCCCCGUCACGUUACCAUGGCACGGCAUCGAGCACCAACAAGCUGGUCAUGAUGGUCGAUGCGGUUUCUCCCACACCAUUCGCUCUCCUCCGUCGCGCGGGCCACUUUCAGUACCGAGACUCGGACCGCGGUCUCCAGAUGUUCUCCAACUUCGAGGAUCCCGUACAGACCCUGACCGAUGAAUGUCGUCGUGUCCUCAAUGCUAUUUCUGCAGCAAAUCAAUCGUCGGCGUCAAGCAUCGCGCAUUCUACCAGUCUUCGCGAUGCGUCCUGGUCACGAUUCGAGGACAUGGGUUUUGGCAUCGCCGCCGAGGACGAUGAAGAAACUAGAAACAUGCCCUCGAUGCCGCCGCCUCGGGGCAUCAGGAGCUCCCCCGUCUCCAGGAAUCAGUUUGCGAGGCCUACAACGCCUUCCUGGGCCGACUUUCUGUCUUCCGGCUUCGUCGACGAGACCGCCGGUCGGACUGGCUUGAUUCUUCCACCCGAUCAAGUCCUACCGCCAAUCGAGACGCAGAUCAGACAGCACAUCAACCAAUCCCAACUCGCGCAGCUAGAGUCGGAUCACGGUCUCGAGCCCGGCGAGCUGGCCAGCAUCACGCUGAUAGAGCUGGACGAUUCCUUCUGGUGGGUGUGGAUGAGCAGUCUUGCCCCUGAAGAGACGGUCACCAGAAAGUCUGCGUUUGGGAGGUGUGCUGUGAUCGAGACGAGGAUCCCUGGCGCUCGGUGGAUCGUGGUGGAAGAGUUGAUUGCCGGAGCGGCACCCGAGCCGGAAGAGGGCGCUUACAUCGCGGAGAAGAAAAGCUUCUUUAGCUGGACGAAGCGGAGCAGGGCGAACGGGCGCAACAAGCCGGAAAGCAGGCAAGGACAGGGUCAAGGAGGUGACGGCAACGGCAACGGCAACGGUUUUGGGGACAGCAAGACGAGCAUAGGGUCCCAGACGCACGCCAAGAUCCAAGCCAAGGCCGCUCAGCUUCGUGCGACGAAAUAUCAAGAGGAGCAGGCUGCCGCCGUAGGCACGCCGCGCCGGGGUCGUCAUGACGCAGAGCUUCUGGCCGAGAAGACCAACAGCGUCUUCAGCAUACAAACGCACAUUGUUGGCGCGGCUUCACCUGCGAUGAAAUGGGUCAAGAAGUACGACAAGGUUGCAACGAAAGAUGCUUACUUGGCCAACAGCAAUGCUGGCCGCGGCGCUUCCGUCUCUCCUGCCUAUUCAGCUCGUACAUUUGGCAGCAGUUCGCUCUCAUCCCGAACGACGAACGGCGGAUCAUACCUCGAACACACCCCUCCUACGGUUCCUUUGAAGGAAUUCUCCGAGUCCGGCACAGCCUUCUUCGGAUCCCCGCGGCAACCUCACCGAUCAUCGCCUAAGCUCGGGUCCCAACCAAGGGAUUCCCAAUCGCCCGUGACGGACAAAUCCGUGGAAUCCAAGUAUCAAAAGCAUCCGAGCCCGCCUCCUGCUACUGGAGUGAACGAUGUUUACGACUUCUCAGACAUGACGGCCGACGAACAAGCCGAAGCUGGUCUCGGGCUGUCCCAUGCGCAACAGGGUCAAUUCCAGGCAAACAAGGAAAAAUCAGGUCUGCGAAGGCUACUCACUUCACGCAAGAACCGCGAUUCGACACUUCCGGACGAACCUGCGGCCGACAUUAACGAAUUUCUUCGCUCCGAUCCGCAAUCUCCUGAGUACGGUGCGCAGCAGGCCCUGACCUCGUCACCCUCUGCUGGUGACAGUCCGGUUCCGUCUUUGACGCAGAAGCCAUCGAAGCUCGCGAGAAGGCCGGUGAGCUCUGCGAAACCACCCAAGCCCUCCAAGCGUCCUGAGUCAACGGUGCACACUUCUGCCCGUGGGGGAGAUAUCUCUCCCAUUGAUACUCAGGAUGCCGCAGACGCUGCUCGAGAAUUCUCCCAAUUUGAUCAAGGACCACUGCGAGAUCAGCCUGCUUUUGCCCCCGAGGACGAUGACUUCGAGAGCACUACUCCGACACGGAUUCCUCGCCGCACGAACCGCCAGACGGCCGCAUCUGCAUCCGCAAAGUCCAAGGAGCAGUUGAACCAGGCGGCGGGGCCUGGAGUGCAGGACCGAUGGGCACAGAUCCGCAAAAAUGCCGCUGCGAGGGCGUCGACUCGGGGGGAGCACGACACCCCCACGCGGAGCGCGUUGGGCAAGGCCGGUCAUGCUCAUGAUGGUAACAGCGGGGAGGAGACGAUUGAGACACGUGUUGCUCGCAUAAAGGCCCGCGUUGCCGAGCUCACUGUCAACAUGGAGGACAGCACCGGUCCUCAGUUGGUGGCUCCGACGCGUCGGUAG